UCCAAGCAAACAUUGUUCCAAUCAACAUCCCUCACGCUCGUACCCAUCGGCAACAGAAAACAGAUUAUAAGUUCAUACUUUGGGCCCGAAACAAAUAACUGUAACACUGCCGAUGUUAUAUGGCUCACAUAAGCACAUGAGUGCAACUGGCAAGUCGUUAGUACCACUAAAGGACUAGUUUAUCUCGUCGACAGUGCAUACUGAUCAAAGAUGCAGCAGGACGGUAUGGUCACCUUACUGUUCGUGCUCCUAUCGGUGUUUGACACCGCGUUAACGAUCCCUUACCCAUUUUCUCCGAAAAGAUUCAAAGAAGAAUGCAAAGAUAUGUUUCCUGAAGCUUUAGGUGUCCAUUCACAGCUCACAAAGCCGCCCUAUGAGAUCCAAACUUCAGACACCAUCUACGACGGCGUAUCACACGAGCAAGUGACCUUAAUAGCGACGGGGAAAUACAAAAUCAACGCUUUCUACCUGCAAGCACGUGUAGCCGACUGCUCGGCCAGUGACCGGGACGAGCCCAUUGGCUAUUUUGAGAAAGAAUUCGGCCAUGGUGAUGUUGAACUCAUCCACUGUUCUGGAAAACAUGACAGCGCAGUUGUCAGCCGUCAAUGGAAAAUCAAUAAAGACAAAAUUGUAGUGAGGUGGUACAAACCUAAAAACGAAACCAGGAAACUGUUCUUCAGAGCAUCCAUUGUAGCCAAUGUCAACUUAUUCUGGAUGGAAACUUUUUCCGACAGUAUCCGAUCGCUUGGCAACAGCAAAGCCGGACAGGUGUGUCCGGUAAGGUUGAUGGCUCAGACAGGGGGCGCCACGUCCAACUCACGUCAUUUGCUGUUAAUUACCGCCAUGCUUAUUUACAAAUUAAUAUUUCAUGAUUGAACAUUGGUCAUAUCAGAAUAAGUAUAUCUUAAGGACACAGAAUAAAUGAUACCUUUAUGAAUAGUUACACAUUUAAAAUGCGACGUAAAUUGAUAUGAAAAUAUGUUUUGUAAAGAAAGGCGAAAGCGAAAAACGGGUGUCUAUUAGUUUGUUCUUUCUUUCCUAAAAGUAUAAGUAAAUAACUGCUUAUUUGA